AGAUCUCUUCUCAUAAGGGCACUGUGUGGAGCUUCUGAGAUCUGUGGAGGUUUUUCUCUGCAAAUGCAGGAAGAAAGCAGGUGGAUGGAUGCAUAAUUAUGGCCCUGCUCCUGGUCUCUUUGCUGGCAUUCCUGAGCUUGGGCUCAGGAUGUCAUCAUCAGAUCUGUCACUGCUCUAACAGGGUUUUUCUCUGCCAAGAGAGCAAGGUGACAGAGAUUCCUUCUGACCUCCCGAGGAAUGCGGUUGAACUGAGGUUUGUCCUCACCAAGCUUCGAGUCAUCCAAAAAGGUGCAUUUUCAGGAUUUGGGGACCUGGAGAAAAUAGAGAUCUCUCAGAAUGAUGUCUUGGAGGUGAUAGAGGCAGAUGUGUUCUCCAACCUUCCCAAAUUACAUGAAAUAAGAAUUGAAAAGGCCAACAACCUGCUCUACAUCAACCCUGAGGCCUUCCAGAACCUUCCCAACCUUCAAUAUCUGUUAAUAUCCAACACAGGUAUUAAGCACCUUCCAGAUGUUCACAAGAUUCAUUCUCUCCAAAAAGUUUUACUUGACAUUCAAGACAACAUAAACAUCCACACAAUUGAAAGAAAUUCUUUCGUGGGGCUGAGUUUUGAAAGUGUGAUUCUAUGGCUGAAUAAGAAUGGGAUUCAAGAAAUACACAACUGUGCAUUCAAUGGAACCCAACUAGAUGAGCUGAAUCUAAGCGAUAAUAAUAAUUUAGAAGAAUUGCCUAAUGAUGUUUUCCACGGAGCCUCUGGACCAGUCAUUCUAGAUAUUUCAAGAACAAGGAUCCAUUCCCUGCCUAGCUAUGGCUUAGAAAAUCUUAAGAAGCUGAGGGCCAGGUCGACUUACAACUUAAAAAAGCUUCCUAGUCUGGAAAAGCUUGUCGCUCUCAUGGAAGCCAGCCUCACCUAUCCCAGCCAUUGCUGUGCCUUUGCAAACUGGAGACGGCAAAUCUCUGAGCUUCAUCCAAUUUGCAACAAAUCUAUUUUAAGGCAAGAAGUUGAUUAUAUGACUCAGGCUAGGGGUCAGAGAGCCUCUCUGGCAGAAGACAAUGAGUCCAGCUACAGCAGAGGAUUUGACAUGACAUACACUGAGUUUGACUAUGACUUAUGCAAUGAAGUGGUUGACGUGACCUGCUCCCCUAAGCCAGAUGCAUUCAACCCAUGUGAAGAUAUCAUGGGGUACAACAUCCUCAGAGUCCUGAUAUGGUUUAUCAGCAUCCUGGCCAUCACUGGGAACAUCAUAGUGCUAGUGAUCCUAACUACCAGCCAAUAUAAACUCACGGUCCCCAGGUUCCUUAUGUGCAACCUGGCCUUUGCUGAUCUCUGCAUUGGAAUCUACCUGCUGCUCAUUGCAUCAGUUGAUAUCCACACCAAGAGCCAAUAUCACAACUAUGCCAUUGACUGGCAAACUGGGGCAGGCUGUGAUGCUGCUGGCUUUUUCACUGUCUUUGCCAGUGAGCUGUCAGUCUACACUCUGACAGCUAUCACCUUGGAAAGAUGGCAUACCAUCACCCAUGCCAUGCAGCUGGACUGCAAGGUGCAGCUCCGCCAUGCUGCCAGUGUCAUGGUGAUGGGCUGGGUUUUUGCUUUCGCAGCUGCCCUCUUUCCCAUCUUUGGCAUCAGCAGCUACAUGAAGGUGAGCAUCUGCCUGCCCAUGGAUAUUGACAGCCCUUUGUCACAGCUGUACGUCAUGUCCCUCCUUGUGCUCAAUGUCCUGGCCUUUGUGGUCAUCUGUGGCUGCUAUAUCCACAUCUACCUCACAGUGCGGAACCCCAACAUCGUGUCCUCCUCUAGUGACACCAGGAUCGCCAAGCGCAUGGCCAUGCUCAUCUUCACUGACUUCCUCUGCAUGGCACCCAUUUCUUUCUUUGCCAUUUCUGCCUCCCUCAAGGUGCCCCUCAUCACUGUGUCCAAAGCAAAGAUUCUGCUGGUUCUGUUUUACCCCAUCAACUCCUGUGCCAACCCCUUCCUCUAUGCCAUCUUUACCAAAAACUUUCGCAGAGAUUUCUUCAUUCUGCUGAGCAAGUGUGGCUGCUAUGAAAUGCAAGCCCAAAUUUAUAGGACAGAAACCUCAUCCACUGCCCACAACUCCCAUCCAAGGAAUGGCCACUGUUCUUCAGCUCCCAGAGUCACCAAUGGUUCCACUUACAUACUUGUCCCUCUAAGUCAUUUAGCCCAAAAGUAAAACACAAUGUGAAAAUGUA